CGCGUUUGCGCGUCUCAGGCCAAGCAAAAUGCUCGAGUGUAGUAGACUGGCUACCCACCAUCCAAUUCAACACCAUUCACACAUCUACGAGUCCAUGUCAACGCCCAGAUCGAUCGCAGGUGCUUGACAGGAUUCGGAGUGACGCGUGGCCACACAUGUCAGAUCUCGAACCUUUUCUGGAUUCGCCUUGAUCUCGGUUCGUAAAGAUGGAGGACGAGCUCAACAACGAUACCGUGCACCCACAGGUCCGGGCGCAUAUCACCAGCCUCGUGUCUGCCCUCGGCGGCUACAGUCUGGACGACGAUGACGGCUAUAAACUCGGAGACGACGCCCUCGAGGUGCUCCGCGACCUCAAGAAAUGGAUCCGCUUCUACGACGAGAAGACAAACCGGAUGGACGUCGCCCGGUGUCUGGCCGAAGCUAACCUCGUCGGCUCCGAUCUCCUACACAUCCUGGCGCUGUGGUCGCCCAACGACAGCAGCAAGUACAAGGCUCGCAUCGCCCUGGCUUGCUUGGAAGUCAUGGUGCCGCUCACCUGGCCCAUCGAGAAAGACCGCGAGACCAUGACCGUCAACCACCACCGCCACCUCCCCGUCUUGCAGCUCGCCCAGCUCGGCUACAAACGCGCCAUCAUCAACUUUGACGCCGCCCCUAUCCUCGGCACCGCCGUGAGGGUAGCGCUGCCGUCCAUGGCCAUUCCCAUCGGAGAUCGGUCGGCCCGCGACCAGGGUAUCAUCAAGUUGAUGCUGUACUUCUUGCGCAACAUUGCCAUGAUCGCUCCGCCCCCGGGCGUCAAGUACGAGGGCGAUGAGACACAGAUCUCGCGGUCCGCCCUGAUAGAUGCCUUCUCCUUCCAGGACAUCUUCCUGACCAUCCUGACCAUUGCGUCCAACAUGGGCGAGGACUUCCGGACCGAGGACGUCAUCGUCAUGGAGAUCAUCUUCCACCUCGUCAAGCGGGUGGACUCGAGCAAGCUCUUUGUGAGCGAGAAGCGGCUGCACAAGAUGAAGGAGGACGAACUGACGGCCGCCAUGAAGAAGGAGGCUGCCAUGCUGAGGUCGUACAGCAAGAACGCGCCGACACGGCACAGCCGGUUCGGGACCAUGAUCUGGGUCAAGCGCGAGAGCGGCAAGCUCGCGACCGUUUCCGGCCAGGACGCCCUGCUCGAUGCUGCGACCCGUGAGAGGAAGAUGGACAACAGCAAGAGCUUCAGGCCCCCCAGGCGCGCCAGGAGAGAAGACAUGGAGCCAAAAGACUUGGGCCCGCCCGUAUCGCUCGACGAGAGAGCCCGCCAGCAAUUGCAGUCUUUCGUCUCCGACUUCCUCGACUCCGGCUUCAACCCUUUAUUCUCGCAUGUACGAAGGUCCAUCGAUCGCGAAGCACCCCACGUGCUUCCGUCCCACAGCAGCCAGUUCUUCUACCUGGUGGCUUGGUUCCUGGAGGCAGAGAGGAUGCGCAGGAAGGCUAAGAACGACUCGAAGAAGCCGUCGGCCGAGGACGAUGUGGGGAGCUUCAAUCUCGUUGCCGAGGUGCUCAAUCAGGAAAUGUUCAUCACUCUGAACCGGGCCCUGAAUCGGGCUUACGGCGACAAGGACUGGCGGCUACUCACCACUGUCAUGCGCUGCUUUACCCAGAUCCUUCUCACAGUACAGGAAAUGUUCGCCUCGGGCAACGAAGAGGACGAGGAGAUCGCCGACAACAUCCUCAGCCGGCUGUUCUACGAGGAGACGACGCAUGACGCGAUAGCCAAUAUUGUUCGGACGUACAAGGACCAGGGAUUCGAAUACCUUGACGCUUGCACCGAGCUCACCCACACCUUCGUCCGCAUUCUUGAGGCAUACUCGAAGCAGAAUGUCGACCUCCAAGUCCGGUCCCGCAAGAGGAGGAGGCGGAGAAAGAAGGCCGCCAACAAAGCUGCAGGUGAUGACGGCGGAGAUGAGGACCAAGACGACGCCGAGGACGACUCGGCAGACGACGAGAGGCAGGCGGAGAAGACGAGCCAGGAGCGAAAGUUUGACUUCAAGCGAUUCUCCUUGAGGUUCGUCCCGCAAGGCGUGGUCGACACGUUUGUCACCUUUACCAAGUACUACCGAGACCUGGAUGACUCCCAGCUGAAGCGAGCCCACCGGUAUUUCUUCCGGCUAGCCUUCAAGCAGGACAUGAGCGUCAUGCUCUUCCGCCUGGACAUCAUCCACCUUUUCUACCACAUGAUCAAGGGCCCGGAGCCGCUCGAUAAGAACUCGUCCAUGUACGGAGAGUGGGAAGAGCUGGUCAAGCAGAUCCUCAGGAAAUGCAUCAAGAAGCUGGCGGAACGCCCGGCCCUCUUCACCGAGCUUCUCUUCUCCAAGAUCAACAGCACAGCCCACUAUCUCGAGUACGGCCACGAGAAGCAAACGGUUUCCAGCAAUCCGAGACCGGCCGCCGAGCUCGAGUUCAAGCGCGAAGUCGACCGGGAGCGGCAGAUCGCCAUUGUCGUGGGUGUCCUGAUCGAUAGGAACCAGACAGACCAUCUGGACUGGUUGAAGAAGCAGCUCACUGAAGCGGAGAGCGAGCGGCGCGCAUGGGAAGAGGCGGAAAAGGCGCGGGCAGCGGACGGGCUGGACGGCGAAGCAGCAGGCGGAACGGUCGAGACGGGCGCGGCGAAGGUCGCCCCUCACGCCACAAUACGCCCGGACAAUGACGCCCGCCGGGCGGCCAUGUUCAAGAACCCGCACCUCCGCCUCCUCAUGAAACUGGUCGGCCUGGAGCGCCUCGCCCCGACCCUUGACGAGACACCGGACUCCGUCUGGGUCGUUCCGGGCAGCAUCCCCGCCGACUCGCUCAAGGAAACCAUCUCCCUCAUCAACCAGGCCGAGUUCAACCCGCCUACUUUCGAAGACGGCGAGCUCGCCGAGGACCAACUCCGCCGCAAAUCCGCCGCGCGCAGGCGGGCCGCCCAUGACGACGAUGGGGGCGACAACGGCAUCAACGACUUCAUCAACGACGGAUCGGAAGAAGACGACGACGACGGGGCCGGGAUCCUCUUCCCCCGUGGCGGGCCGACGACGCGCAAGCGCACGGCAGAGGACGAGCCGCCGCCGCCGCCGAAGAGGAAGAGGCGGCGCCGGCGCGGGAGCGACGAGGCCGAGACGGACGAGCAGCGCGAGGCCCGGGCGCGCGCCCGCCGCAAGAAGGAGCGCGAGCGGGCGCGCCGGAUCAAGAGCGCCAUGUACGUCGACCUGCGCGAGGACGACUCGGACUGGGAGGGGAACAAGGAGGCGGACCGCGAGUUCUUUGCGCGCGAGCGCGAGCGGCAGGCCGCCAAGGACGCCAGCUUCGGGCUGGUGAGCGGGAGCCGCCCGUCCGGGGUCGGGGUCGAGCUGUGGGAGGAGCUGCUCGGUCUCGGCGCUGCCGCGAGCGACGGGGAAGACGGAGAGGACGGGGGAGCAAGGCGGGGAAGGAAGAGGAAGUCGGUCGGCGAUGAUGGCGACAGCGACGGCGACGCCCUCUCCGAUGAUGAUCAAGAUGAUGACGGUGCCACGGCCGAGAGCGAGAGCGGGUCGUCGUCGUCGUCGUCGUCGUCGUCGUCAGCGAGGAGGCCGAAUAAGCGACGGAGAACGACACAGAAGAAGAAAAACAAAGCCGCGGAGAUCAGCAGCGACGAAGACGAAGACGAAGACAUGACCGGCGCGGACGACGCCAUGGACUCUACGCAGUCUAGCAAGGACGGCGCCGUUACCAACGACACGCCCUUGUCGUCCAGCCCCGGUCGCCAGACUGCCGAUGCGGCCGCCGAGAAGGCGGGAGAGCGAGCGGACGGGAUGGGGGACGAGGAUGACGACGUGCCCGUCGCCAAGGCAGCGACUAGGGGUCGGCCGAGGGCCAGGGCGGGUUUCAUUGUGGAGAGUAGCGAUGAGGAGUGAUACCAGUGAGUGAGUGAGUGAGGGUGUGAGGGGUGUGAGAGCCGCGGCGUGGAAAUGAUGAGAAUGGACGGUUUAAUUAAACAGUGGAUGGUUGAAUUGGCAUUGCGGUGAUCGGCUGUUGUUUUUGCCUUUGGUGUCAGGGACGAAGCAUGGCGUUCGGCAGUAGUAACGGGAAGGGGGAAUCUUGUAUAUGUGAUC